AUGAACCUCCUGACAACAUACACAGAUAAAGGCGAAAAGCAUGAGCAGGGAAGGUUCCUCUGCUUUGAUCACAUAACCUUCUGGGUUGGAAAUGCAAAACAGGCUGCAUCAUAUUACUGCAACAAGCUGGGAUUUGAGCCUCUGGUUUACCGGGGUCUGGAGACAGACAGUCGUGACGUGGUGUCCCAUGUCGUCAAACAAGGAAAGAUCAUUUAUGUGUUCUCAUCUGCCCUCAAUCCUGGAAACAAAGAGAUGGGCGAUCAUUUAGUCAAACAUGGGGAUGGGGUGAAGGAUGUUGCAUUUACAGUGCAGGACUGUGACUUCCUUGUGCAGAAAGCCAGAGAGCGAGGUGCAGUUAUUGUAAAGGAGCCCUGCACCCUGGAGGACAAGCAUGGUAAAGUCAGGCUGGCCGUGCUUCAAACGUAUGGUGACACCACACACACGUUUGUGGAGAGGGCCGGCUACAGUGGGUUGUUUCUGCCAGGCUUCCAGCUCCCUGACUUCAAGGAUCCUUUACUAGCCAAACUACCAAGUGGAAAACUGAACUUCAUUGAUCACGUUGUGGGAAACCAAUCGCAUGAUGAGAUGGUCCCAGUGGUGGAUUGGUAUCAAAGAAACCUUCUCUUUCACCGCUUCUGGUCGGUAGAUGACAAGCAGCUUCAGACAGAGUUUAGUGCCUUGAGCUCCAUUGUUGUGGCAAACUACGAGGAGACUGUGAAAAUGCCCAUCAACGAGCCUGCCAUGGGGAAGAGAAAGUCUCAAAUCCAGGAAUAUGUGGAGUACUACGGAGGUCCAGGAGUGCAACAUAUAGCCAUGAACACAUCAGAUGUCAUCACUGCAAUUCGUAACCUAAAAGAGCGUGGGAUGGAGUUCAUGUGUGUGCCAGACACCUACUACCACCAACUCAGGGAGAGCUUGAAAGAGUCAAAGGUCAAAAUCUCAGAGGACCUCGAUGUUCUGCAGGAACUGAAGAUCUUGGUGGACUACGACGACAAUGGCUAUUUACUUCAGAUCUUCACUAAGCCGGUUCAGGAUCGCCCCACUGUGUUCUUGGAAGUCAUUCAGAGACAUAACCACCAGGGCUUCGGUGCAGGAAACUUCAAGGCUCUUUUUGAGGCCAUCGAAGCAGACCAGAAUGCUCGGGGAAAUCUGACGAUCCUGACAGCAAAUGGAGUUUCAAGGAACAUGUGA